AUGAAUUUGCAUCAAGGUAAGAAUGAAUCACUCCGGGAGUAUAUGAAUCGUUUUACCAAAGAAGCCUUGAAGGUCCCAGACCUAGAUCAGAAGGUAGCCAUGAUUGCACUCCAGCAAGGUACCACUGAUGACAAUUUUCGCCGUUCUCUAGCCAAAAGAGCCCCUGAUAAUAUGAAUGACUUACAAGAGAGAGCCGGGAAGUAUAUUAAGGCAGAGGAAAGCCUAAGGAAAUCCCAGAGUAACCAAGGGCCGAACACUAACUUUAAGAAACGUGGGAAUGAUGCCGAGUAUAACGCUGAGAACAAAUAUGCCAAAAAGGAUAAUGAUGAGAAGUCGCCUGCUAAAAAGAAGGUAGGACCAAGGUUCACUGAAUAUGCUAGGCUCAACGCCCCGAGAAGUCAAAUCCUAAUGGAGAUCGAAAAGGAUGAGAGUGUCCGAUGGCCGAAGCCCAUAAGGACCGACCCCGAGAAACGAAACAAGGAUUUAGGCAAGUUGUCCAAGUUCACUAAGGAUGGAGACAAAAGUUAUCGGGACAAUGACAGCCGUGGAAGAGACAAUGAUGAUAAGAGAACCCAGCCUCGAGGGCCUGUGAUUAACGUGAUCUCCGGAGGGCCUACAGCUGCCGGAACCUCAAGUAACUCAAGGAAAGCUUAUGCAAGGGAAGUAAUGAGUAUAGUUGGAGAACCCCCAAAGCGGGCAAAAAUUGACUAUGCAAUGGCCUUCGAUAACGUCGACCUCGAGAAGGUAAAGUUCCCCCAUGAUGACCCCUUAGUAAUUACACCAGUGAUUGGAAACUCGUCCGUAAAAAGAGUGCUCAUUGAUAAUGGAGCCUCGGUGGAUAUCUUGUUCUAUGAUGCCUAUGAAAAGAUGGGAUACUCUGAUACUCAACUAACACCCUCGGAUAUGCCUAUAUAUGGCUUCAACAAUGUGGAAACCAAGAUUGAAGGCAUGAUCCAACUCCCUGUAACUAUGGGUACCGAACCUAGACAAGCCACAUGUAUGAUAAAUUUCUUGGUUGUUAAAGCCUCGUCGACCUAUAAUGCCAUCCUUGGGAGGACGGGGAUACAAGCUUUUAAGGCAAUCCCGUCCACUUACCACAUGAAGAUUAAAUUCCCAACUAGGAACGGAAUUGGAGAGGAGUUGGGAGAUCAGAAAAUGGCCCGAAGUUGUUACAUCGGAGCGUUGAGAUCCGGAGGAACUGGGGGGCAAGUACUACCCAUAGAGGACCUCGAUGUCCGAGAAGAGGAAGAAAGGAGAGGCAAGCCCGCCGAAGACUUGAUUCCAAUCCCAUUGUAUACUGAGGAACUCGAAAAGGUUACUUAUGUUGGAGCCUUACUUCAGGAAGACUUGAAGCAAGAACUAGUGAGGUUCUUGAGGAACAAUCGUGAUGUUUUUGCUUGGACAGCGGCUGACAUGCCAGGCAUUGAUCCCUUGUUCAUGACUCAUAAGUUGAAUGUGAGUCCUGAUAGGAAACCGAUUAAGUAA